UUUUCGCUACUUUCAAAGUCGCUGUUGGUCUAGUUUGAAUGCCGUUGGUCAACUCUUCACUGUGUUGCAUUAUUGCUUUCUCUCCCAACACUUCAUGACGUUAUCAAUUCCUUCCAUGGAACUUGCCUCAUCAACUUCCAAACUCUCACUGAUGUAUGAUGUGCUCAUCAACUUCACUGGAGAAGACAUCCGCAGGAAAUUUGUUUCUCAUCUCGAUUCUGUCCUCUCUGCUGUUGGACUCACCACUUUCCUUCACCACGACAAUGGAGUGAAACCAAUGCACGAACCUAUUCUCAAUCUGUGUCGGGUAGCAAUAGUUGUUUUCACCCAAACAUAUCCCAAUCUGCUUGGUGUCUUCAUCAACUUCAACAAAUCAUUGAAUGGCACGAAACUUAUUCCCGACAUGUUCUGCCCGUAUAUUACGAAAUUCAGCCAUCUGAUGUACGUCUUCAGAAGGGUGACUUGGAAAUGCCUUCAGAGUAACUGCAUACCUAACAUUUUCAGCACAAGAACUGGAGCAUGGCAUGUCCAGGUGGAGUCACGCAAUCACCAAAGCUGCAAAUUUCUUUGGAUGGGAUGAGAGUAAUUACAGGAGUGAUGCUGAACUAGUGGAUACAAUUGUUAAGAGCAUUCUUACCUUACCAGUCUUGUCUGCUACUAAAUUUCCAGUUGGAUUACAAUCCCACGUGGAAGAUGCGAUUCAAAUUAUUAAAAAUAAAUCCUCGGAAGUUUGUAGGAUAGGGAUAUGUGGAAUGGGAGGAUCGGGUAAAACAACCCUCGCCAAAGCCAUCUAUAAUCAAAUUCAGGGUACAUUCAUGGAAAAAAGUUUCAUUGAGGACAUUGCACAAGUUACUCAAACAAGAGGGCGUGUUCAUUUACUAGAACAACUUCUGCAUGAUGUCCUAAAAACGAAUGUGGAUAGCGUUCAAAUGGGAAGAAGUAUGAUUCGGGAAAGACUUUAUGGAAAAAGGGUGCUCAUUGUACUAGACGAUGUGAAUGAGUAUUUUUGUUUUUCAUAUAUGAAUGAGUAUGGUCCAUUAGACCUAUGGAACAGUCCAUGGUUCGGUAAAGGAACUGUAAUAAUCAUUACAACAAGAGAUGCAGCGCUACUGACCAUGGAACAUGUUUACUCUAUUAUUCGGAUAAACGAAAUGAAUCCAAACGCGUCUCUUAAGCUUCUUAGUUGGCACGCAUUUAGAGAAGCAAAACCAAAAGAGGAAUACCAUCUCCUUGCAAAAAGAGUAGUUGAUUAUUGUGGAGGACUACCUCUAACUCUUGAAGUAAUUGGAAGUUAUUUAUAUGAAAGGUCGAUAGAAGAAUGGACUAAAGUUUUGUCAAGAUUAGAAAAUAUUCCCCAGCAUGAAGUUCCACAAAUAUUGAAAAUAGGCUUUGAUGGUUUACGUAAUCAAAUGGAAAAAUAUUUAUUCCUUGAUAUAUGUUGUUUCUUUGUUGGUAAAGACAGAACCUAUGUUACCAAGAUCCUAAAUGGCUGUGGAGUAGACCCUGAUAGUGGAAUAAGAGUUCUCAUAGAGUGUAGUCUCAUAAAAGUUACAAAGAACAACAAAUUUGGAGUGCAUCCCUUGCUACAAGAUAUGGGAAGAGAAGUUAUUCGUGAAAUUUCAAGAAAGGAACCCCGGAAGAACAUUGAGUUGGUGCUUGAUAAGGAUACGAAAUAUGCACUGUUAGAGAAUACUCUCUUUUCAUCCCAGGGAACAAAUGUCAUUCAGGGAUUGUCUGAGAAACGGUUUUUAACCAGUACAGGUUGCUUCAAACCUUAUUCUUUACAAGCAACGAAAAUGUUGAAAUUCAUUGGAGAUUCUGAGUACGUUUCUAAGAAACUGAGAUGGUUCAUCUUGCGGGGGUUUCCUUUAGAAUACCUACCUAACGACUUUUAUCUGCAUGAUGCAAUAGCCAUUGAUUUAAAACACAAUCUUCUUCGAUUCGUCUGGAAGCAACCCCAGGUUUUGACGUGCCUAAAAGUCUUGAAUCUUAGUCACUCCCGGUACUUGCAACAAACCCCUGACUUUUCGAGAUUACCAAGUCUUGAACAACUCAUUCUCAAAGAUUGUCCAAGAUUGCGUGAAGUACACCAUUCUAUUGGAUGUCUUUGUUAUCUUACACUUCUAAAUUUGAAGGAUUGUACUAGUCUAAUCAAUCUCACCAUAGAGAUAUAUAAGUUGAAAUCAUUAAAAAUUCUCAUUCUAUCUGGUUGUUCGAAGGUUUCCCUGUUGGAAAAAGAUAUUGUGCAAAUGGAAUCCUUGAUAACUCUAAUUGCCGAAAGUACAGCUGUGAAAGAAGUGCCAUUCUCAAUUGUAAGCUCAAAAAGCAUUGGAUAUAUAUCUCUACGAGGAUUUCAGGGAUUAUCACAUAAUCUUCUUCCUUCUAUCAUUCGUUCUUGGAUGUUGCCAACAAUGAAAUCCCUAUCUUAUAUUCAUUCCUUUUGUAUGGAUAUGGAAGAUAAUAGCUGGGAUGAUAUUGCGCCAUUGCUUAGCACCCUUGUAAAUCUUCGAAGUGUUUUGGUGCAAUGUAACACCGAGUUUCAACUAUCAAAGCAAGUAGAAACUAUUCUGAACGAAUAUUCUCUAAAUAUUACAAAAUCAGGAACUUCAACACAUCACUUGAAGUUUUCUUUGAUUGGUGUUGGAAGAUGCAAAGAUAUCUUCAAUGCUAUUAGCGAUAGCAUUUCUGAGGCAUUGGCAAGCAGUAAGUCAAGCGUUGUUUCUCUCCCAGGUGACAAUGAUCCUGAUUGGUUGGCCCAUAUAGGUGAGGGACCUUUUGUUUCUUUCACUGUGCCUCAAGAUUGUGAGGUGAAGGGAAUGGCUCUGUGUGUUGUUUAUUUAUCAACCCCUGGAAUCGUGACAACGGAAUAUCUUACAAGUGUCUUAAUUGUUAAUUAUACAAAGUGCACAUUACAGAUACAUAACCAUGGCACGGUAAUUUCCUUUAAUGAUAAAGAUUGGGAAGGUAUAAUAUCAAAUUUAGGAUCAGGAGACAAGGUGGAGAUUUUUUAUACUUUUAAUCUUGAAUUGGUUAUCAAGAACACAGCUGUCUAUCUGAUAUAUGGUGAAACAAAUGACUUAGAAAAGGAGUUUGUACCAAAGAAAAAAUCCCUCAUUAGAUUUAUGAAGAAAAGUGUAAUGUGACUUUUGAGUCAUUCAUCUUCAUUGAGAACAGCAGGAUCCCCUGAGUUAUUGUGCCCUUGACUGCAAUUUAUUUAUUUUCUCAUACUUUCCUUUUGUU